AUGGAUCUCUCAGAGGAUGAGAGUCCAGAAAGCCAGACAGAAGAAGGCGAUAGCCCAGAUGAGGAACCAGAGGGGGAUGAAGAAGGUGAAGUGGACCAAGAUGCAGGGCCAGAUGUAGUGUGCAGUAGUCCUAUCUGGGCCAAACCCAACAUAGGGAUCUGGAAUUUUUGA